UGUGCACGUUUUAGUGGAGGUCACCAUGUACGGACAUGACAAGUGUUUGUGAUGGCGGUGGCGGUGAUGGCUGCUCUGACAGCAGCUCUGCUACUGAUGAUGGCGUGUCUCGUGUCCUCCAGGCUACGCACUCCUCCAGCCUUGGCAAAGUACUACAUCAACUGGGACGGUGGCAUGAAGGCCUGCGAGGGAACGGAGAACAAAAUCUUCGACUUGGAGAAGCUUGUGGUGGAGAAGAAGAGCAAGACUGUGUUGGCCCUCGUGGGGGAAGUCGUGCUCACCAACGAGACCACUAAAUCUGUCAAGUUCGAACUAACGAUAAUGAAGAACGUGAACGGGAACUAUGAGUACCUGACCAAGGUUACGGAGCCGAACCUCUGCGACCACAUCGCGGAGAAGAACAAACCGUGGACACCCUUCGUCAACGAGAUGGGCAUCAAGGGCUGUCCUAUACCUAAGAAAACAUACACUUUCAAGAAGUCGUCCUUAGAUACCGCUGGGUUCCCCCUGUCAGCAGCCCAGGCCGGCAAGUACAGAGCCAAGAUAGAGAUGUUCGAGCGAGGCGAGCGGACCACAUGUCUUCUAGCGGAUAUCACAAUCCAGCCUCUGGAGUGACGUAUUCAGUUGUUAUUGUAACAUCAAUUACAGGAUAUUUUAGCCUUA